GAAGGGCAAGGAGGAACCGUAUUACUGUAUUAGUUCACGCUGACAAUCACAUAGGGGGAACAGACGCGGAGAAGACCAAGGAGGAGAAGAAAUAAGAUGGGUUACGUUUUGAGGGCGAGACUCGCGUCCUUCUUCGCUGGAGCCGCAACGGCCUCAUUCACUGGAAUCUAUUUCCUUUACAAGGAUUACAAGGUUGCCCAUGAAGCCAUCUCUCAACAGAUGAAAGGCUUCAAUGAGUCACUUGAUAGAAAAAUCUCUGCUCUGGAAAAAUUGAGACAAACUGAAGUGUCACCACCGGCGGAAGCAACAGAGUAGGGGCCUUUGGGCACCUUACUGUAGUUUGAUGUUGUGGAUCCAAUAUGAUAUUUUCUAAAAGCAAUUAGUUUCUAUGCAGUGCAGGUGCUUACUUUCCACCUUUUCUGAAAAUAAUUAACUCGACUUUCUUGUAUGUUACACUAUAGAGGUUGACAAACUUGACUUAGGACCUCCCCACUACCCAGUCAAAUAAUUGCUGUAUGGUCCAAGGUAUUCAAGCUUGGAAGAGAGGCUUUACCUCA